AUGUUGGUAGCCCACGUCAUCUGGAAUUGCUGGGAAGACUUCAUCGCGGCCCAAGAAAAGGAGGAGUAUCCAGUGGAAUCAAUCCAACUCUCGGCCCUCAGAAAAUUAUUUUCAGACCCUACAGUUCCCAUCUCCCAGGUGGCACUUGAGCUUGCCACUCCUAUACUAAAAGAGCUAGAGAAAAAUCCCGGCAAGACGGUGGACUGUUUCCGUCUCUGGCGCACAAUUGAGGCGGCCAUUAAACAGCUCACAGAUUACAACGAUAAGCUGGUUGAACUGGUAAUUGAGUUUCAGAAGGUUCCGGACCAAGCGGGCAUUAUUGGCUGUAUGCAGGAUUUUAGGGAGCACUGGACAGAGUUCGCAUUCGACUACUUGGAUCUACCCUCUUGGGAACCUGCCGAGGAACGUGCAGCUAAUCGCCAGGGCUGGAUCAAUAUGAACGCUUUUGGGGCAAAACUCUCCCUCUGUGGUGCCCCAGAGCUCGAUGAGAGACCUCGCGCGGCCCUCCUGAUGAGACAAGCUCUCGAGAAAACUCCCUGGGAAGUUUUCCACCACCCUGACCUCGACGAGGAGGAAGACCUAGAAGACGAUGAUUACCCUACUUGGCGAGCCCACCAAUUCGAACUCCGCGAUGUCAGAACAUUGAAUAGCUCUGUCCCCGCGGCUGCCAUGUGGAUGAAGAUCAACGCCUCGGGCAUAUAUGAGAUGAAUGGACGCCCAAUGACAGGCGACUAUGACUGUCACAGAGCCGACUCAAACUGGAAGGGCGAGCCGGUAUGGUCGAAGGAAAGGUUUGCAUUUUGGAGGGAGAGAUUCGAGUGGAUUAGCAAUGUGUCCGUACUUGAUAAGGAGACAAAGAAAGCCGCCAAGGAGGCCGCGGAGGCAAUGAAGAAGGUUGAGGACGAAAACCAACGAACUCCGAGCUAA